AUGAAGAUACAAUCUUGGAAUGUGAGAGGAAUUGGAAGACCUGAAAAAAGGAGGAGGAUCAAGAAAAGUCUUUUAGAUAGGAAAGUGGAUAUUGUGUUACUUCAAGAAACUAGGAAGCCAGCAGUGGACUCUGAUUUGGUUAGGUCUAUGUGGCCUGGGGAUAAUUUUGAUUAUAUGGGUGUAGAUGCGAUUGGUCGAGCUGGAGGACUAUUAUGUAUUUGGAAUCCUGAGAAUUUUUCUUUCAAACUAUGGGGACUUCCUAGAUUAUUGUCUGAUCACUGUCCUAUUAUUUUAAUGGAGGAUGAGAGGGACUGGGGCCCUAAACCCUUCAGGUUUCUUAAUGCCUGGAUUCUACAUCCAAAAUUCAUUUCCUUUGUUCAACAAAGUUGGUCAGAACUUGGUGUGACAGGAUGGGCAGGAUACAAGUGCCUUAUGAAGUUUAAAGCACUGAAACAGGCUCUUAAGAAGUGGAAUGUGGAGGUGUUUGGUAGGAUUGAAUUAAAAUUGAAAAGUGUGGAAGACGAGGCUUAUUCGCUGGAUUUGUUAGCUGAGGAAAGACCAUUACUUGAUACAGAAUUGAUUAGAAGAAAGGAAGUGAGGGGUGAAGUUUGGAAGUUAAGUAAAAUGUUGGAAUGGAUUUGGUUACAAAAAUCUCGUUUGAACUGGGCAGCUAAAGGGGAUAAAAACACUAAGUUCUUCCAUAUAAUGGCAUGCAGCAGAAAUAGUAGGAAUUCUCUGUGUUCAAUAUCAAUGAAUGGUAUGUUGCUUGAAGAGCCUUCGGAAAUUAGAGAUGCAGUUCUAGUUCACUUUAUGAGGCUAUUUUCGGAAGACUGGAAAGUCCGUCCCAAAUUGUCUGGCCCUUUCAAGAGUAUAGGAGGUGCUCAAACUGUGGCACAAUUGGAGGCAGAUUUUACAGAGGAGGAGAUCUGGAAUGCUAUAAAGUGUUGUGAUGGAAAUAAGGCUCCUGGGCCUGAUGGGUUCAACAUGUCCUUUAAGAAAUGUUGGCAAAUAGUGCGGGUUGAUGUAUUACAGUUUAUGAGGGAGUUCCAUCAGAAUGCUAAUCUGGUUAGUGGAAUUAAUAGCUCUUUUAUCGCCCUAAUUCCAAAAGUUUCAAGUCCUUCUUACUUGAAUGAAUAUAGGCCUAUUAGCUUGAUUGGAUCCUUGUACAAAAUCUUAGCUAAGGUGUUAGCUAACAGAUUGAAAAAGGUGAUGCCCAAGAUUAUUGGUGAGGCCCAGUCAGCUUUUUUGGGGGGAAGGAAUAUCUUAGAUGGGAUUUUGAUAGCUAAUGAAAUAGUGGAUGGGUGCAAGAGAUCUAACCGAAAAGGUUUGGUGCUUAAGUUGGAUUUUGAAAAGGCCUAUGACUCGAUUAAUUGGGAGUUUUUAUUUGAUAUGUUGUCGAAAUUUGGCUUUGGAUCUAGAUGGGUUAGAUGGAUGAGAUCUUGUGUUUCCUCUGCCAAGAUCUCUGUCCUAGUUAAUGGGUCACCAACAUCUGAGUUUUGUCCACAAAGAGGUCUUAGACAAGGAGAUCCGUUGUUACCAUUCUUAUUCAACAUUGUUGCAGAGGGCCUCAAUAUCUUACUGAGUAGAGCUAAGGAGUUGGGCAUAAUUAAAGGGGCUGAGGUGGGUUCUAAUGGCCUUAGAGUCACACAUUUGCAAUUCGCGGAUGAUACGAUUAUGUUUUGUGGUGCAAAUAGAGUGGAGGUGACCAACAUCAAAAGAAUUCUACGAUGUUUUGAGAUUGCUUCGGGCUUGAAAAUUAACUAUCACAAGAGUGUCAUUUGUGGUGUUGGGGUGGAUGAGGAAAUAGUGCAAGAGUUUGCUGAUUCUUUAUAUUGUCUUAACCAAAAGUUGCCUCUCAAAUAUUUGGGACUACCUUUGGGGCAAAUCCUAGCUGGAGGAGUACCUGGAAACCUAAUUCCAGCUGGAGUGGCUAAGGAGAUUGAGAGAUUGCAAUCAACUUUUCUUUGGGGUGGCUCUGAUCUUAGAAGAAAAGUUCACAUGGUCCGGUGGGAGAGAUUUGGUGCGGAGAAUCAUUCGCUUUGGAAGGAUGUGAUCUGUGCAAAAUAUGUGCCAGUGGAUGGUAGAUGGUUCCCAAAACUGCUUGGUAGAGGUUCAAAACUUUGGACUGAUAUAAUUCAUGUUGUUCAUUCCAAUUCAGAGCUGCAUCAAUUCUAUAUGAAUAAUUCUAAGAUAGUUCUGGGGGAUGGGAGAAGAGCUCUUUUUUGGAGGGACAAAUGGGUGGGUAAUGUUUGCUUAAUGGAUGAAUUUCCUAGGCUCUUCUUAUUAUCUAAUGAUAAAGAUGGUGUGGUUAGAGUGUUUUUUGAAAGAAGGGCAGAGGAUGGUGGAUGGAACCUGGGAUUUAGAAGAUCUUUGAUGGUUUGGGAGGAGGAAGAAGCUUAUAGAUUAUCCUGUCUGCUUUGCACUGCACCAACACUGCGCAAUACCAAUCCUGAUGAGCUUCUUUUGUGCGCAGACUCCUCGAAGCUCUUUUCUGUUUCUUCUGUUUAUAAAUGGUCCGAAUCUUCUUUGGGAACUGUAAUUCCAGUGGCUGCCUCAAUUUGGAACAACUUUGCGCCCCCAAAAGUGCAAUUUUUCGGGUGGUUAGCUUGGCUUGGUAAGGUUAAAACAUCUUCUUUCAUUCAUAGAAUUGGAAUUCUCACAGGUAAUGCAAGUCUUGACUGUGUUUUCUGUCAUAUUGAGGUUGAAUCUAUGGAACAUAUUAUGCUUCACUGCCCUUUUGUGUGGCUGCUUUGGUCAGAUAUUAUCCACUGGUGGGAAUUGCAGUGGGUGAUUCCAGGAUCGGUGCAUGGUUUGCUGGAAUGGUGGUCCGAGUGUGUAAUGCAGAAACUGGAGAAGAAAAUCUGGAUGGCAAUCCCUUAG